UAGAGCCCACAGGAGACUGAUAAAGGGUUCCUUUUCCUUUCCCUAAGCUUCAGAGGUGUUUACCCGAAGAGACGCUUGGAUUUUAUCAAGAACAUCUGGAAAAUAGAGAAAAAUGCCAUCUUCAACAAAGAUUCUGUAUUUUGUUUUGAGCGCGCUGCUCACUGCCAUUUCUGUCGGUUUGCUUGGUUUUGCCAUGUCCACGACAUGGUCUAAAACGGUAAUGGAUUGCGAAGGAUCUGGGACCACUGGAAGUGCAGAAAUAACGAUGGGCCUUUUCAAUGGAAAGUUAACAAGAAACUCCUGCCCCAGCUUUGGCAGUGAGGAUUCAUUUUCAGUGUUUCCAGMAUUGUUACGUAUAGAAGUGACUCCUCGGGUUCUCCACGGUCUGUGUUUGGGCCUGCUGGGUUUGUGUUUCCUGACUUCUGCCCUGAGCAUCCUUGUCUCACUCUACAACAGCGUCAGUAACCCUUACGAGACCUACAUGGGCCCUAACGGGGUUUACACCUGCUCCUCCAUCAGCGCGUUCUCGUCUGUUCUGGUCCUCAUCAUUUACGUGCUGAACCACAUUCUGACCAAAAUGCAAGAGGAGUUGGUUCCCAGCAUUGCUGASAUUCCAGCUACUUCCGUGACGCUGACUCAAAAAAAGCUGGAGGUGAAGCUUGGGUAUUUCCUGCUCAUCCCUUACGCGGUGCUCUCUCUGCUGGCCAUCUUGCUCAUCUACCUGUACGAC